UCUCCCUUUCUUCCUUUUGUGAUUGUAUUGUGCAUCCACUCUGCGACGUGAGCACUUAUUGUUUGAGAAAAGGCUAAAUAAUUGGUGCACUUUAUUCACAUUUUAUUCAAGCAGUGUUUUAGUAAUGCCGAAAAGGGGUACACAGCACGCGCGCACACACGCACGCAGCUGCUGCAUGAAGUCACAAAAAAAAGAUGCAGUCGAGCUUUAAUGCUGACACUUGCAAAUACAACGGAAGGCAACACAUUUCCCAUAUACAAUAAUAAUAUUUUCCGGGGUCAUCAUAUAAAAAUCUUAACUGCUCGGGCAAUAUUGAAGUCACACAAGUUAAUUGCUAUUUUUAGUAUGGCUCUUAAGGUCUGCAGACUCGGAUCCACUAUUGGAGUCCAUGAGUUCAUAAUAAAUAUUGUAAACCGUUAUGCUGCACGUGAAUGGAAAAAGCUGCCAAUCAAGAGAGAAUCCUUUAAAAUCCACAUUAAAAACUUUGCCCCCCACCAAAUUCCUUUGAUAAAAUCAAAUUCUCAAUGCUGUGGUCAUUUUAGAAACCUACUUUUAUUUCUUUAUUUUUAAUGCUAAAAAGCAGUAAAACAAAUACAGACCAAUGCUAUCUUGAUCAACAUGUCAUGUCACCAAACACAAGAGACUGAACUAACCUGUUUACAAACAUUUAAAUCAAGUAUUUUUAAUGAUCCUUCUUUGAGACGCAGGUCUCAAGAUGUGUGAACUGCUUUCUUAAAUUGCGUUAAGUUGUACAUCCUGCUCUAAUGUAGAAUCAGACAUAUCUUUUCUUCAUUUUUCAUAACGUUCUCUUCUGAAUAACAAAAAAUAUCCACUUUUAAGUCAUUUUGUGGAACUAAUAUGUAUGAUGUUGUUGCAUAAGCUGCUGAAGUCUCUCUCUCAAUCUCUCGGUCUCUCUCUCUUUCUCUCUGUCUCUCUUUUUCACUCUCUCUCUCUCUCUCUCUCUCUCUCACACACACACACACACACACACACACAUGCGUACGCACUCACACAAAGCGCCAUCUCCAGUCGUGAUGCAUUAUUUAUGAAGUUAGUCUGCACCUCCCAUCCAGCACCACUAUAUGCAGCCUUUCUGGUUUUGUCUCUGUCUCUCUGUCUCCCUGUCUCUCUGUCUCUCUCUCUUUCUCUCUCUCUCUCUCUCUUUCUCUCUCUCUUUCUCUCUCUCUCUCUCUCUCUCUCUCACUCAUUUGAUCUCUUCUGCAAAUAUUAUUCUUUGUUGAAUGAGUUGUCUGACAAUGCCACUCCAAACUAGGCACUCCUGUGUUUGAAAAGGCGUAAUGCCUUUAGCUGCAGUCCUCGUACUGGAUCUAACAUAUAUGAUCGUAGCGCUGCUGUAACUGAAGACUCUGCAGACUGUUGCUGUGUGACUUUCACCUGUCUUCCUUUCCCUCCGCCCUCCUGCAGCCGCGGUGCCAGAUGCGCUGGCUGACUGAAGCUCGUAGUGGGGUGCUGAAAUGCCUCCAGCUCAGAGUGUCAGCUACCGGAAGCUGAAGGAGGAAGAAGACAAUACUUUUGUAGAUGUCCAUUAUGCAGCUGUUUCUAUGGAUACUUGAGCAGAGUUGAUGAGUGUCCUGCAGAUGUUGGCAUAAGUUAUAAGGCAAGUCAUCAAUCAUGGCCAGACAAGACUUCCUCCACGGCUUCGACAUCAGCGCCCAUUUUGUCGACAUCAGGCUCCUCGGCGCCGGCGGUACAGGUCCGGUCCUGUCGGCCGUGGACCAGCACACCGGACGUCGUGUGGCCAUCAAGAAGUUGGCCAUGCGUGAUGCUGUCUCAGUGAAGCACGCGCUAAGAGAGGUGAAGAUUACCCACCGGCUGCGUCAUGAGAAUGUGGUCCGGGUAUACAAAGUCCUGGCGCCACACGGACAACCGCCUGCCAGAGACCCUGCCCAGCUCGGCGCCCUGUAUGUCAUCCAGGAGUGCAUGGAAACAGAUUUGGCUCGGGUGCUGGAGCAAGGAGCACUAUCGACAGGUCACGCCACAUUGCUGUUCUACCAGCUGCUGAGGGGCCUCAAGUUCAUCCACUCGUCCAACGUGCUGCACAGAGACCUGAAACCUGCCAACAUCUUCAUCAACACUGACCAACUGCUGCUCAAGAUCGGAGACUUCGGCCUGGCCCGGAUAGUCGACCCCCACUAUUCUCAUAAGGGCUAUCUGUCCGAGGGUCUGGUCACCAAGUGGUAUUGUUCCCCACGUCUGCUGCUGUCCCCUAAUAACUACUCCAAGGCGAUUGACAUGUGGGCCGCAGGCUGCAUCCUGGCUGAGAUGCUCACUGGACGCAUGCUCUUUGCAGGAGCUCAUGAGCUGGAACAGAUGCAGCUGAUUCUCGACACUGUGCCAGUAAUGAGAGACGAGGACAGACAGGACCUGUUACAGGUGAUGCCUUUGUGUAUUAAUCAUGGCUGGAAAGUCAAGAAGCCGUUUUCUGUGCUGUUGCCUGAAGUGAAUGCAGAAGCUGUGGACUUCUUGGAGCAAAUCCUGACCUUCAACCCCAUUGACCGUCUGACGGCCGAGGCGGCGCUGUCCCACCCCUUUCUGUGCCAGUACACUUGCCCUGAGGACGAGCCCACCUCGUCGCACCCCUUCCGCAUUGAGGAUGAACUGGAAGAUAAUCUCGUCAUGGGACACAGUCUCAGUAACAGUCUGAGCCGGGCCUCCAGCAUCCACUGGGACAGCUUAUCAACAGAUGUGUGCUGGCCACAGUUAGGCGGGAUCUGUGGAUGCAUGCCUUCCGGUCACAUGACCUCAGAUAUUGAGAGCACGACAGAAGAAGAGGAAGUGCAGAGGGACCCGCGAGCCAGCUGCACCUCACUUCUAGAGGAGGCCCAGGUUGACCCACGUAAAUAUUCUCACAGCAGCUCCGCCGAACGCUACCUGGAGCACUCCCACUCCUCUCUGGACCGGGUUUGCGGUUUCAGCGAUCUGGAUUGUGGCCGCUCGUGCGACUACAAGGUGGGCUCGCCGUCCUAUCUGGACCGGAUCGCGUGGCGGGAUGGCAAACCUCUGCACUACUCGGAACCCCGCCUCAUUCUGGAUUUAUCUCACUGGAAGCUCAACACAAGCACCCCGCCAGAGCCCCUUCAUCCGCUCGGUGGAAGCGUGGAGGACGUGAGAGAGAUAAAAGUGGAAGACCAGGUUGUAGGAACUGGGACGGGGGAUUUAUUUCAAGAGAUCUCCCGCUGGGUGGAGAGCACCCAAUCCCGUCUGGACUCACCCAGUCCGAGUCCAUCUCUGGAGCGGGACUCCUGCUACCCCUCCUCCCCACCUCUCCCGCCGUCCCCCACAGAGAUCCCGGACGUGGAGCCUCAUCACGUCACCAAUGAGGACAGCCCCUUUCCGCCCGUCACCACUCCAUCUCUUUGCUCCCUCCAUCCCUCCAUUCCCACCUCUCCUAUUCUUCCUCCUGAAACUCUCUCCACUACCACCACCUCCAAAUGCUCAGACGUCCAACCCGACGAAUCCCUUCCCGUCAAACAGAAAGAACGCUUCUUUGACUUGGACGUGUUCAUCGCCCGAGCGUUGAAGCUGUGCCGACAAACUAAGGAGAAAGUUGACGGGAAAGGGCGGCGGGAGGAGAGCAAACAAGUGAGCAUCAACUGAAGGUUUUUAUCUUCUUUGAACUUUCUUUCCUAGUACUGCAGUGUUCCCCCUCUGUGGUUCAUCGUUUAUUCCACGUGAACUUUGUAGCUGUCGUGUGCUCUUUAUAGAUUUGUUGAAUCGCAUCUUAUGUGCAUUUGCAGUGCAAUGCUUCACCUUUUUAGUCUCAUGGAACUAUUUUGCAAUACACGGCACAAAACAACAAACUUUAACAGAACUCCUGAUGGAAACAACACAUUUUAACAACACAAACCCUUCAUUAUAUUAUUGGAAAUGCUAAUUUUAUGCAUCUCACGCUCAUAAGAAAAGACAUUCUAACAAGGUUAAUAAUCGUGCUGACGUGUGCCUAACCCUGAAAUGAGUUGCAUAUGCUUGAUCUUUUUCUUCAAGGGUGCAAUAAAGAUUAUUAUUAUUAUUAUUUACGAUAACUUCGGUACACAAAACACAUGCAUUCAGUGUAAAAAUUGAUAAAGAGAAAACGUUUUAUUUACAGUAGACAUACAACACGUUUGAACUCACAAGCACAGUUGGUAUUGUUGGAUUUUUAUUCUCUGGUAAAUAUUCAGUAAGGUGCUGCAAAGUCAACUAAUCUCACUGACUAUUCCGGUCCAAUGAGCACAUUUUUUUUUCUUCUGUAUACUACUUUCCACAAAACCAGCAAUAACGUCUCGCGCACACAAAUUGAACACAUGGUUACUGAGCUCCUUUUCUAUUAAAUGAAGAAAUGCAGCAAUCGUACGUGCCUCUGUACAGCUCAAUGCUUCCCAGCUUGCUGAAUGUAAACACAGACCCCAAAUCGCAAUCUGCAUGCCUUGAGAGUAAUGCAAAUAUGUUUAACUUCACGUGUCCUUCCUGCAGGCUUUUUCUACUCUUUCAUUUUGGUAAAUAGGUUUGAAUGCUAAGUGCUGAUUGUUUUUGCAACUUUUUGUUGGGAAAAUAAUAAAAAUAAUACAAAACA